UUCCGUCGUACGCAGAUGCUGGCGCUUACGCAGCGCCGUUCUCCAAGCCUCCAAAUCCCUUCUCUGGAAUCCGAUUGGUUGACUGCCCGGUGCCUAUUAACGGCUGCGAAAUUUGAAAAUCCAAAAGAGGCCCCUGGGCCGGAGCCGCGGAGAGUGACUGGGCUGCUGCUGCCGGCGUUGGGGCCUCUGCUCGGGCGCAGGAGCCCCCAGACAGACGCUGAAGCAACCAACAGUGCAAUGUUUGCUUCAGAAAUGGAGGAUCUAGACACUUCUGGAACUUCCUUAUUUUUCACUCAGAGAAUUAAGAGACAUGUAAAGGACAAGAAAACUUCAAGAGUCAAUAAAUUGAAUACUUCUCUUGCAACAAAAAUAAAAAACAAAUUAAUAAACAAUUCCUCUAUCAUUAAGAUUUCUUUAAAACACAACAACAGGGCAUUGGCUCAGGCUCUGAGUGUAGAAAAAGAAAAUUCUCGAAAACUUACAACUGAAAAAAUGUUGUUGCACAAAGAAGUGGAAAAAUUGAGUUUUCGAAAUGCUUUUCUUCGUCAAAAGCUAAAUAAUCUGCAUAAAACCCUCAUAGAAACAGAAGCCUUUGUGAGCAGUAACUUGAUAUCUGCAAUAGAAAUGACAAGCCACCCUGAGGAUUAUCAGAGUCCCUCUUUUUUGGCAGCUAGCCAGAAGAAAGGUGUUGGUAACCAGUUGGAAUUAUUACAUCAUUCAUUUGGGAGAGAAAUUCCUCACAGCAGACCUACCCAUUUGCCUAUGAGAGUUCUGCUUACGUCAGCAGAUGAUGAUGACGACGGUGAUGAUAAAGAGACAUUUCAGUGUGACAGCAAUCUCACAACUAAGAAAGUACCUGAUUCUCUCACUCCAGUAGCAUCCAAAGUAUCUUUACCUAACCAAUUCCAUUUGGAAUUGCAAAGUCCUGAGAAAAAUAAUCAGGAGAUAGAUGCCCAAGAUAAUCCAGGAAGAAAAUUUUCUAUUGCCAAUGUGCUUUCCACAGAAAAUAAGUCCCACCCAGAAGAAAGUUCCAAAAGUUCCUCAGUCAGUGAACUGAAUAUUGUUCAAAAUGUUGGGCAUGAGAAAAAGAAAAGAUCUCGUAGUAAUAGUCAAUCUGGAAAUGUGACGGAAAGAAAAAAGCAUCUUCCAUCUUGGGAAUCAAGUAAUUUUCCUGCAGUAAUUCCCCUUGCAGAAGAUUUGGAACAAAUAGUAGUUUCAAAUAAUGUGUUAAAUAGGACUAGCAAGAUAAAUGAGAACUCUAUAGAUACAGAUACCCAAACACAACAAAAUGGAUUGUGUCAUCUUGACUCACACUCACAAUCUGUCAGUAAACUUAAUGCAGAGUUCCCCACUGUAGUGCUGCCCAAUGAUGAACAGCAGCUGCAGAAAACAACAUAUGAAGCUGAUAUGGAUUUAACUGAGAGUGAAAUUAGCAAAAUUAUUACAGUUCAAAUUGCUGCCAAAAAUAAGGCUAAUCAUAAAACUAAGGCUUCUGGGGAAAAAGCUUUUAGAAAAGUGAAGAAUUCAAAUACUGAAAAGAAGAGAGAGAAGUCAAAAGUACAACCAAAACCUAGUUCAUAUUUACACAGUAAAGAAAGGGAUAAAGAUACAGAAGAAAGCAGUUCUCUUACUUUUGCUGAUAAUAGUAAAUCAGAAGAUCAGAAGCUCACUUUGGAGACUAAACAACUUGAUCAAUUGAACACCCUGAAGGGCAUAAUGUGUCAGAAAGCUAGUGAGCAAAAUGUGGUACAAAUUUCACAGCAUCAUGAUAAAAAGAACAAAGUAAGAAAAACAUAUGUAGUAAAUGAUGAAGAGAGAAUUUCUCUUUUCCCUCCCACAUCAAGUAAAUCCCACCAGGACAACACUUGUGGUAAGGGACAUGGUUUCCAAACUUCUGAUAAAGGCAGAGAUUUUAGAAGGACAUUUGUGGUUGAUAAUUCAAACAAAGAUACAUGCUUUCCAAGUCAAAAGGAUAAUGAAACAGUCUCUGGCAUAUUAGAAAACUUAGAAAAUGAGCUACAAACAAUCCUUAAUUGUACCAAAGGUAUCCAAAAUCUAUCUGAUUGUAGGACCCAAAGUUCAUUGGGUAUAGAAAAGCAGAUCACUCACAUGCAGCCUUCCAAACAAAGCACAACAAAUUUAAGCAAAAAGUCUUUGAAGUAUAGCAGAAAAGAGAGAACAUAUGAAUUACUUUCUGAAGUUAACCAACUACAUGAAAAUAAUGACAAAGUUGUGUACCACAGAGAAAGCCACAUAGAAGACCUUAAUUCAGAAGCAAACAAAACUGAAAAAAACACUAAAUACCAAGUGAAUAACAUUCAAAAUUCAUCUUGUGUAGAAGAUAUGAGUAAAAAAAUCAAAAAUUAUGAUCAGUGCUCAGAUCUUCAAAAACUGGAUAAAAAAUACAGCACAAAUUCAUCAGGCAAACCAAUGAACUUACUGAGAAAAUCUAAGCCCAAAACCUUCAUGCAGCCAGCAGAUCAUACUCAACAUUCUGUUCCCUUAGAGACAGGAUUAUUAAAACACUCAAUGAGAGAGCUGGAAGGUGAUUCAGAAAGCAAGCAUGAGCACCAGCAGGGUCAUACACAAGGUACAACUGUGACUCCAAGUGAAAAAACAUCUUUCAAUUCUUUCAUGAAAGUUACUGCAGAAAGUGAAUUGCAUGUUAAAGUGUCAAAUAAAAGAAGAGAAUCCAAGUCAAAAAAGAGCCGAAAGACUUAUGUAGUUGCUCCAAUCGAUCAAAAUGAAGUUAGGAAAAAAAUACCUGACACUGUUGAGGAAAGGUUAGUACCAUGUGAUUCUGAGGAAGUUAAUCACGAACAAAACUUGGAAAAGAAGAAAAUAGUCAAAAUAAAACCAGAUCAAUUCAUUUGUAACCCAGUAAUGGAGAACACUUCUUGUUUGAACUCUUUAGCUCAGACGGCUUCAUCUAAUACAAGGCAGUUUUCUCCCUAUGCCACCUUGAUGGAGGAUUUGUUAAACUCAGACAGUCCAAUUGCUAGGAACCAGAAACUUCCUGACAAUGUUACUUUGAAGGAACCCAUCUUUCAGGUGGCUGACACUGAGCAAAAGUGUGCUUUUCAAGAGAAGACAGAAGAAACAAUAUUUCAAGUGAGCAGAAGAACAGGAACAAUUGGAAAAGAUACCAAAGUACUACAAGAUUUGACAAAUGCUAGUUUUGAUUCCCGCAAUUCUUCUCCUAAAUCUCAGCAUUCAUUGGAUGAAGUUUCUUCAAUCUUGCCAACUAAAAGAAGGCGAGUUGCCGUUUGCUAUAAAGAACCAAGUCUUAUGAGAAAACUGAGACGAGGAGAUGAAUUUACAAAUUCUGAUUUUCCGGAUUCCAGACCUAAAAAGUCAAAAGGAAGAAAAAAGAAAGAAGACAAGAAAAGCCUUCAAGAAAUACUUUAAACAGUUACUUUAGUGGAGGUUUUUUCAUUUUUUUUUAAAAAUGGAAUGAUAUAUUUUUCAUUCUUAAGCUUAAGCAAAUGUAUAUAAAGUAGCUGUUUUCCAAUUUUGCCAUUUAUAAAAUGGUUUUGAUCAAGACCAUCCAUGCUAUAUAAUUUCAUGUUUUUGCUAUUAUAAAUUUCUCUAAAUAAAGGCAGAUUACUAUGUAAGCA